AUGACAGGCGGUAUCAGCAAAGUAGACCAACAAUGGGGCAAGACCGACAACAGAUUGCCAGACCACUCCCACAGACAGCCAGGCGUUGCCUACGAAACAGGCCAAGCGCACUCACACAAGACUGGUGACUCCCACGAUCAGCAAUCAAUCGCAAACAAGCUCGCCGGUACUUCUCACUUAGAACAGGCAGAGCGCAAGGCUGAGAAGGAAGGCGGUAAGCCACCAACUGCUCCAGCCGUUUUCCACGGCAACGAACCCUCAAAGGGUGCCAAGGUCGAUGAGGAUCUCGGCAAGGAAGACGAGAAGGUCUUGCACAAGAAAGGCUUAGCUUAA